CAUAACAGUGUUAGCUUAACUGGCUAUGUUCUGACAGAAAAACGUCUUGAAUGUUACGUUAAACAAGUGUGUAAUUUAUGUCUCUAUUUGAUAGUCGUCCAGAGGAUGUCUCUUUUACAUGUUUGUAUCGAACCAGUCUGAUUAUUUCUGUCGGAAGUUUGCUGAACAGAAUGCAACUGGCCUUCAUUAGCUAAGUGGACUGUUAGCUGCCGUGGGGCUAAAGCAGCUAACAGCAGAGACUUUAUCAAUUAUGUGCUAAAAGACGAGUUCACAUGCCUGAGUUUGUAAGACUGUGCGGGGAAUACAGAAUCGUCUAAUCCUUGUUGUUCAGAUGAGCACCGAAAGACUGAGGACAGUUACAGAAUGGAACCAGAACCUCUGAGAAGGUAUCAGAAUCUCUGCUCUACAGCAUCGCUUUAGCUCAGCUGCAGUUUGCAUUUUCCGGGAACACAAUUUAUCUGAUCUGAUGCGGAUUUGCGUCCGAUUCAAAUUGAAGCAGCAUUCAAAAGAAGAUGCUGUUUAUAGGGUUUAAACAUUGACCUACUAGAACACGUGAAGGUUGCCAACAAAGACUGAAAAGAAGCAACGAAUCCACAUCGAGCGAGGAUGUUGAAGGUUGAAUCAGACGACAGCAGAGGGCUCUGCUUGGAGCCCCCCAUACCUGCAGCAUCAACAUCAGAACUGCAGCAGACACAAGACAGCAAAGAUCUCAUUCAUCAGAUGUUGGUGAUUAAAGUGGUCCCCCAUGACUGGAGCCCCAGUUUGAACCAGCAGGACCCAGAACUCCCCCACAUAAAGGAGGAAGAGGAGGAACUGCGGAUCAGUAAUGAGAGAGAACAGCUUACUGUAAAGAAUGAAAAUGAAGAGAAACCUCAGUUAUUAGAGGUACAGGAAAUCAAAACUGAAGACAACAGAAAGACUGAAGAGUCAGUCAGCAGCUCAGCUAAACACAUUACACAAACUGACGGAGAGGACUGUGGAGUACCAGAACCAGAGAGGAACACUGAUUCGGUAUGUUCUUCUCAACAAAGUAAAAAGAAAGUUCACAAAUAUGCUAAAAGAUCUAAAUUGGGUUCCACACAUUCGGCUCGUGUUGGAGUUGAUGCAGGAGAAAGACCAUUUGAUUGCAGUGUUUGCGGCAAAAGAUUUAAACGCAAGUCUCAUGUUAAAUUACACAUGAUGACACAUACUGCAAAUAGAGAACAUAACUGUGAUAUUUGUGGUAAAGGAUUUAGAGAAAAGAGUUCUCUUCAGACACAUAUGAGACGGCACACUGGAGAGAAACCAUUUGCCUGUGAUGAUUGCGGCAAAAGGUUUCAUGCAAAGAAGUUUCUUACCACUCACAUGAAGGUCCAUUCAGGAGAAAAACCUUUUUCCUGUGAUGUUUGUGGUACAAGAUUCAGGGUAAAGGAAAGUCUUAAAAAUCACAUGUGGAUCCACACCUCAGUGAAACCAUUUGUUUGUAGCAUUUGUAGCAAAGGAUUUUCACAAAAAGAGAGUCUAAAAAGUCAUUUGCGUGUUCACACAGGAGAGAAACCAUUCAUCUGUUCUCUUUGUAGUAAAGGAUUUUCACGGCAACAAAGUCUAAAGAGUCACAUGCAUGUUCACACAAGAGAGAAACCUUUUAUUUGUAGUGUUUGCAAUAAAGGGUUUUCACAAAAAGAGAGCCUAAAAACACACAUGCGUGUACACACGGGCGAGAAACCAUUUAUAUGUAGUGUGUGCAGCCAAGGAUUUUCUCUAAAAGAGAGUCUAAAAACUCACAUGCGUGUUCACACAGGCGAGAAACCGUUUACUUGUGAUGUUUGUUGUAAAAGAUUUUCACUAAAAGAGAGUCUAAAGAGUCACAUCCGUGUUCACACAGGGGAAAAACCAUUUACCUGUGGUGUUUGCAGUAAAGGAUUCUCAUACUCUGGAGGUCUGAAAACACACAUGGCUGUUCACACUGCACAGUUUAGCUGUAGUGAGUGUGGCAAAUGUUUUGUAAAGGAAAUACAGCUGGAGCGACACAUGAGACUGCACUCAGAGGAGAGGCCAUUUGGUUGUGAUGUCUGUAGAAACAGGUUUAAACACAAGUGCCAUCUUGAAAGUCACAUGAAACUCCAUUCAGGAGAAAAAUCAUCUGUGUGUAGUGUUUCCUGUGAAGCAUUUUCACAACGUGGAGCUCUGCAGAAACAUGUAAAUGUUCAAGAAGAUUGCAAUUAAUGAUUAUUAUCAUAAUCAUGAUUAUUAAGUCCAACAGGAGUGGACAAUGUGGUGUAAAAAUAAAUUUUUUUUUAACCCUCAGAUCACAAUUGUAUCUUGAUUUGCUUACAUAAAAGCAUUAAAGAAAAAAACUACGAGGCACUUCUAACCCUACUUUAGUCAGUUUGCACAAUUUUGAGAACUUGUGUGAAACACAAUAGACAUUUAGGAAAUUUGGGGCCAUUUUUAAGACAUGAAUCACACUGUUUCAAACAGUUUCUCUAAUUCCAAGACAACAGUAUUUAAAUUUUGUCUCAUGUUUAUUAUGUUUAACUUCAGCAUCAAAGUUAUUGGUAUUAUUGUUUGUAGCAGCUGUAGUAGUAGUAAUAAUUUCCAUUGUGUCACCACACUCUCACCAACAAACAAUGUUUUCUGUAUUAAAUGAUAUCUGUCAAGGAUAAAUUGCAGCCUGAACACACAAUUCAACCAGUAAUGAGACCGUUAAAGUUUUUAUGAGCUUCAGUUAGCUUUAUGCUAUACCUAGUCUGGGGCACUUAAGAUCUGAAUAGCUCCUUAUUGUGAGAGUUUGCCAUGUUGACACUAUAAAUAGAAGCACAAACUUACGUGUUACUGUUUUGACCAACUGGUAACAAGUUAAACAAUCCAGAUCAUUUCUGGGGCACGAACAUUUCUAUUCAUGCUCUGUGCAACAAAGGUUUAGUGUUGCACGGUGAUCUUUAGUGGUUUAAUUUUAUCCGCUGUGCUCUCACUACCUUCUGCUUGCGUCUGCUGCAGUGUGGCUGAGAGGGUGAUGGAUGAUCAAAAAGUUUUGAGCUUUUAAAAAAAAUUUAAAUCAAGUCAUUAUAGUUUAAAUAGAUAAUUUCAUUUUCAAACCACAAAACUUAUACUAUAUAACUACCAUGGUGAUCAUUAAAAACCAUUGAUGAAAAUCUUCUCUCACCUACAUUAGUUUUUCAUGUUUUGAAGUUGAAGCAAAAGGAAGAAAAAGUAAAUGUCUGAGCAAGAGCAUAGAACUAUGUUACAUAGAAUGUAUCUCAUUCUUUCGGUCAUGACCCAAAGUUCAUGGCUAUAGGGGAGGGUAGGAAUGUAGACGACCGAUAAAUCAAGAGCUUCAUUUUCGGCUCAGCUCUCUCUUCACCACAACGGACUGGGACAGCGCCCCAUUACUGCGGCAGUCGCACCGGUCUACCUGUCGAUCUUCUGCUCCAUUCUUCCCCCACUCGUGAACAAGACCCCGAGAUACUUAAACUCCUCCACUUGAGGCAGGAACUCACCUCCAACCUGAAGAGGACAAUCCACCCUUUUCCAGUCGGGAACCAUGG